UCGGUGGUAUAUUUGUAGGUAUGGUUACCUGUAGUGAUAUCUUUAAUCGUCGGAAUGACACAGAACACAAUAAUGAGUGGGUGGCCACUGAUGCUGAUACCCCAUGGAUAUUACCUGAUAAUGAAGUUGUUGAAGCAUGGGAAAAUCUGAGAGAAACUUAUAGAGCAAAAGCAUCAGAUGUAACUCUAACUUUAAAACCGAUUAUAGAUGACUUUCUGAGGACAAUAAACGUUAGUGAAGCUUGUCAUCAGAGUCUAAUGACGGUACUGACGUCGUUUGGAAAGAUGGAGACGUGGUCAACAAAGAUGGUGGACUCCAAUGGAAGGCUACCAUCUGGACUGUUGGAGGGAACCCUGACCAGCUUGGGAUCCUAUGAUCAGUGUUUGGACAUUGUUUCUCCAAGCACAAACCUUUAUGCUUUCCAAGGGCAGUAUUGUUCUGUUUUAUUUCGGCCUCCAUUACCAGCCCGAUCACCAAAAUACCUCAGCAUCGCAGCCGGAGUGAAGACUCUCUCCAAUUUUUCCAAACCUGGAGAAGUGUUCCACCAUCUUGCCCAGAACGCCCAGUUUUUCUACUCUGCAGCUUUACGUAUAGGGAUUUGUGUACCAUCGACAUGCGCAGUGCAAGAUGUUCAGAAAGUUGCUACCAAAGUGGGCGGCUGGCUAAAGCUCAGAGGAAGUCUUGGUAGUUCCGCAGAGUCCCCAAAAGUGUUCUGUUUCAAGAGAAGUAUAUUAGAUGUUUACCGAAACGUCUUCAGAAAGAAGAAUCAGGCCGCUUCAGAGGAGCAACGAGGCAUGGUAGAAGAAUUCCUCGACUGUUUUUCGCUACGCUCCAAUUUUUUGAAAUUAUUCUCCACCAAAUCAUCGGAACAGACAAUUAAAGCUAUUCAUGGAAUACGUUUUAUCACUAUUAUUUGGAUCAUCAUGGCGCAUACAGUUAACGAGUACCAUUACGGAAUGAUGAGUGGCGUGUUUAACAUGAAAAACCAGGUUGGGUACUUUGAUAAUCAGUUCCUAGUUCAAGCAAGCAUCAGUGUUGACACGUUCUUUUGUAUUUCAGGGUUUUUGACAAUGUACUACGUGUGGUUCUACACUGGGGGCAAGGCUGGGAAACUAAAUGUGUGGAAAUUCAUCUUAGUCAGAUACUUCAGACUUACGCCUCCGUUAGUCCUCACACUUUGCAUAUUAUUCAUUCUUCCUCUUUUGGGGUCGGGACCAGUCUGGUCAGAGGUGCUGAUGCCUUACGUUGAAGGAUGCUAUUCCACCUGGUGGCGAAAUCUUUUGUAUAUCAACACAUUAUACAAGCCAGUCCAGUGCUUAGGUCAGACUUGGUAUAUCUCGUGCGAUUUCAUCUACCACGUUCUUUCUUUAACCAUCUUCCUCCCUAUGUUAAGGAACCCGAAGGCAGGCAUAAUUAUAAUUUUGUUCUUCUUGUUGACGUCAGUUGCGGGUACAACUGUGCUGACGUGGUAUUUUGAACUCCCCCCCACACAUUUUGCUGCUAUGUUAGACAAAAGGGAAGUUUUGAGGAUGUCCCAGAAACGUUAUCCAAAUCCCAUAAACCACUUAGGCUGUUACUGUGUUGGAUUAUUAGCCGGAUAUGCGCUCGCCAGGAAGAAGCUUACCAACGUGUCUAAGAUAAUUCUAUCAUUAGGCUGGAUUGCUUCAAUCUUUUCCUUUAUGUCUGUGAUCUAUGGUAUGUACGACUGGAACAGGGGUGUAGAGGGCAGCACUGCAGUGGCACUGAUGUAUGCAGGAUUACAUCGUCCUGUCUGGUCUGCCGGUGUAGCAUGGCUUAUUUUGAUGUGUGUCACUGGUCGCGGAAGUUUUAUUAAUACUCUGUUGUCAUGGAAACCAUUCAUAUCCUUAGACAGACUAACAUAUAUGGUCUAUCUAAUUCAUCACGUGAUUGUGUACGUUUACAAUGGUUACGUAAGAAACCUCAUAAAUACAAAGGAAAUUACUAUUGCCUACAUAAUGUUUGGUCACAUUCUAUUAUCGUAUCUCAUCUCCACUGUCUGUGUCUUAUUGGUUGAAUCUCCAUUUUUCGCAAUCCGACGAAAAUUUUUUUCUCGCUCGAGGGGCCGGAAACUUGUCAUUCAACCCCCAAAUGACGAAGACACGGGUGAUACGGAACUAAGUGAAAAGAAUAUUAUACGUAAUGGAGGUGUCUUUCACUCUUAGCCACCCUAUUCGUGGCUUUAAAUUAAAAUGGCGAUAUAACUCUUGACUCAUCACGUUUCACAAACAUAAGUAUGCUGCUAUGGUAACAAACGUAUCAACUGUAAGCCUUCAAUAAAAUAACUUAAUAUGAUCAUUAAUAAGUCUUCGAUAAAAUAAUUUGAUGUGAUACGCGAUAAUCCUUUAAUAAGAGGAUUUAUGAUUGAUCUGCGAUAAACCUUUCGUAAAACGAUUUAAUGUGAUCCAUCUUCAACGAUUGUAGAC